AUGUCAAUCUAUCAGCCAACGGAACUGUUCCGUGCUGAGAAAAAUGCUGCUUGGAAGCAACGUGUGGUCCUCGCGCUGCGUUCGGCGACUGUCGCGUCGGCGUCGUCACUGGCCGCCAACCAAGCAGCCAAGUGCAAGCUCCUGCGCCGCCUUCGCCACCCUCGGAUUUCCGAGUCGGAAAUCCGCGGCCUGCAAGUUGCAGAGCGCGGCCGUUAUCAGGGGCGGCUUUUGCACGGCAAGUGCUGCAAUGCAGCAGCUGGUGCUUUUCCAUCAUCAGCGCUCGUCGCAUUUGACGCUGGAACCGUCUACGAUGUUAAAACCCACUACAUGUACAUGUAA